GUACAACAUCAUUGGCGUACAUUCUUCAACUCUACCGGAAAUCCGCUGUGGGAGCCAAUGAGUAAGGGCUAAGGCGUGCGGAUUUCACCAAUUCUCGAAGAAUUAUAUGCAACAGUAACGAUAAUAAUUACUUAUAUCGCAAUUUCUGUGACAAGUUGCAUUAAAAAAAAAAUUGUAGGCUACUACAAUUGUAAUGACAAAAGCCGAUACAUAGAUUAAUAGGCUAAAUACCCUGGACAUUGUUGCAUGAUUUCCAGUUGUUAUACGCAUCAUAGAGAUAGGCUGUCAGUUGUUAAUAAACUAUCGGUUUACGCUUACAUUAGUUGAAUCUGAAACGUUAAAGGUUACGAAUUGACUGGGCUAGAGUAGACCUGUGGCAGUUCUUUUCUGUGGCUGUUUCCCCUCAAGCCAGUGCCCAUGCAAUGGAUGCAUUUAUUUGGAGGAAGUGCGCAAGUUAAAAUGUAAACCGAUGUCUUCAAGAAAUGCUUGGCAGCUCGAUCGUUAGCAGCUACGUAAGACAGUUCUUUCCUCUGGACGUCACGCAGGACAUGGGUCAGAUUGACAGAUAUGGACAUGGAUGGGUCACUCACUGCACUGAUGCAUAUAGUACAGUUCGUUCACUCUCAGUAAGAUGAUAACAUCCCCUGUUAUCCGGCGGGUCACACAUCACCUGUCAGUCAUCAACUGGAAAAGUUCACAUUAUGACUGUCUAAUGCCACAAGUAAGACUGUGUCAUUCUUCUGAUCCCUCUAUGGACCUAACAAAUGUCAAUUACCCAGCAUCAACUCUUCAUUCAAAGAGGAAAUACAGAUCCAACAACUCCCCCAAUCAGAUGGCCAUCUCUCAGGUCAAUCACAUUUUAAAAGUCAAUGAAUACAGCUUCAGAGUGAACGGGUACGAUGGACGAUCUGGGGGGUCAGUGACAGGUUUUGACAGCAACAUCCUGGCCUCCAACUCCCCUAGCGAGGACAGGCGGAGUGCUGCCACUUGUCUGCAGAGCAGGGGGAUGCUCUUUGGAGUGUUUGAUGGCCACGCUGGCUCGGCCUGUGCUCAGGCAGUGAGCGAGCGUCUCUUCUACUACAUAGCUGUGUCCCUGCUCCCACUGCAGACUCUCCUGGACAUUGAGGAGGCAGUGGAGAACGACAGGCCGGUCAUGCCCAUGCUUCAGUGGCACAAGCACCCGAACGACUAUGUCAGCACAGAUGCCGGCAAGCUCUACUUCAACAGUCUCCGAACCUUCUGGCAGGAGCGCAUUGACCUGCAGGAGGACACCGAGGACGAGGACAUGCCGACUGCCCUGUCCAAUGCCUUCAAGAGGCUGGACAGUGACAUCUCCCUGGAGGCGCAGGUGCACUUCGGGGACCCUUUCUCCCACUUCACCCCGCUCAGGGUGGCCCUGUCAGGGUGCACGGCCUGUGUGGCCCUUGUGGACGGGGACGACCUGCACAUAGCCAACCUGGGCGACAGCAGGGCCGUUCUGGGAGUCCAGGGGGCGGACGGGAGCUGGUCAGCCUUCACCAUCACCAAUGACCACAACGCCCAGAAUCCCGACGAGAUGCAGCGGGUGCUCUCGGAGCACCCGAACCUGGAGAGGAAGACGGUGGUGAAGCACGACAGGCUGCUGGGCGUCCUUUUGCCCUUCCGCGCCUUCGGGGACAUCAAGUUCAAGUGGAGCAGCGAGCUCCUCAGUCGCAUGGCCGAGGCCCGGCCAGAGGUCCUGUCGGGGAACGAGUUCACCAAAAUGGUCCCGUCCAACUACCACACCCCGCCUUACCUGAGCGCAGAGCCCGAGGUGACGCACCACAAACUGCGGCCACAGGACAAGUUCCUCAUCCUGGCCACAGAUGGCUUGUGGGAGCUGAUGCACAGGCAGACGGUGGUGCAGGUCAUCGGAGAACACCUGUCCAGUCUCCAAUGGCAGAAACCCCUGAGUGCGGUGAGUUUCACACUCGGGCAGAUGCAACGACUUCUCCUGGAGAGGAAGAGCAGGGCACUCUCGGCACUGGAAGAUGAGAAUUCGUCCACACACCUAAUCCGACAUGCUCUGGGCAAUGAUGGCUUUGGCUCCGUGGAACCCAGGCGACUGGCCAAAAUGCUGAGCUUGCCCCAAGACCUGGCACGCAUGUACAGGGAUGACAUCACAAUUAUAGUGAUUCACUUUAAUAACCCAGUCUUGUGAAGUUAAAUAUACUCAAAUACCAGUAAUACUAAGGUUGAAGGUUGUGUACCGAGUAAAGUAGUGUUAAAGUUUUUAAGUGAAUAUUUAUGUAAGUAAAUGUAAAAAGAAAUACCCUGCAACACCCAAUUUUUUUUUUUUUGCUGAGCAGUGCUGAGCAGAAGCCAUUGACCUUUGUAAGCGAGUCUUUGAAGAACUAGAUACUGACCACGUGGAAGACCAAGAAAGAAUUGCACAAUCUGUGGCACAGAAGGAGCAGCCUAGUUUAACAUUUUUAAACAGGGUGUUGACCUACCAGAUUCCACAACACAUGGCAUACAGAUUUCAUGACAACGCUUUGUUAAGCUUUAUGAGGCUUUAACUCGUAUGAGACAGUGUUCAGUUAAGUACAAACAGCAAAGUGGAAUUUUUCUUAAGGGCUGCUAUAACACCUCUCAAAAUUGCCCAGAGGCAUUUGAAGUAGAUUAGACCCAUGCCAUUAGAUACCGCUAGCACAUUUGCCGCAAAUGUAAAAAAAAAAAAGUAUAGAGGUUUUAUCCAGGCACUGAACUAUAAAACAAAUC